ACGGGGAGUGCGGGAGCUGAAGGAGGAAGGAGGCGGGAAAGGAUGAGUGACAGCCGAGUGCAGGAGAGAAAUGGAGUCAGUGCGGACUGGGAGGUUUCAUAAACACCCAGCGUAGGACUCAAGACUCGAAUUAGAAACUCCCAGUCCCGCGUUUGCACCAAAUCGGCAACGGCUGCGGCCUCAGACACAGGGAUAUUACAUCAGGAUUCUCAGACAGGACACACAGCAUCACAUCUAAGUGGCACUUAAUCACUCCAUUCAUCAGGACCUGGAUAUUAUCGGCUUCUGAGCGUAGGUGUUGAGUUCCAGGAUGUUAGAAGGGGAGUAUUUACAGUCAGGAAACUGAAACCAAACAUCACAUCAGGAUCUGACGGAGUUGCCCAAUAUUUCGUAACCUGAAUAUCAUUAGAUUUUGAACAUGGAAGGAAAAAGCACCGUUCCCACUGGGAAGAAACUGUGGAAAUGUGGGGACUGUGGGAAUGGAUUCAGUUACCCAUCCCAGCUGGAAACUCAUCGGCGCACUCACACUGGUGAGAGACUAUUCACCUGCUCAGAGUGUGGGAAGGGAUUCACUCGGUCAUCCCACCUGCUGACACACCAGCGAUUUCACACUGGUGAGAGACCGUUCACCUGUUCCAAGUGUGGGAAGGGAUUUACUGUUUUAUCCACCCUGCAGAGACACCAGCGUGUUCACACUGAUGAGAGACCUUUUAAAUGCUCAGAGUGUGGAAAGUGUUAUAAAAGUUCUCAGGAACUGAUGUCCCAUCAACGUGUUCACACUGAUGAGAGACCAUUCAGGUGCUCUCACUGUGGGACUGGGUUCAAGACCUCAUAUUACCUCAAUGUGCAUCAGCGCAGUCACACUGGGGAGAGACCAUUCAUCUGCUCCAAGUGUGGAAUGGCAUUCACCCAGUCCUCCAGCCUUCUGAGACACCAGCGAGUUCACACGGGGGAGAGACCAUUCGCCUGCUCUGAGUGUGGGAAGGGAUUCAGUCAGUUAUCCACCCUGCAGAAACACCAGCGAGUUCACACCGGGGAGAAGCCAUUCUCCUGCUCCCAGUGUGGGAUGCGAUUCAGUAGUUCAACCACCCUGCUGAUACACCAGCGAGUUCACACUGACGAGAGACCUUUUCAGUGCCCAGACUGCGGGAAGAGCUUUAAACGUUCCCAGGAACUGAUGUCCCAUCAACGUGUUCACACGAACGAGAGACCAUUCAGGUGCUCUCAGUGCGGGACUGGGUUCAGGUGGUCAUCUCAACUCUCAGAACAUCAGCGGGUUCACACUGGGGAGAGGCCAUUCACCUGCUCCAAAUGUGGGAAGAGAUUCAGACAUUCAUCCAACCUGCAGAGACACAAGCGAGUUCACACUGACAAAAGGCCUUUUAAAUGCCCAGACUGCGGGAAGUGUUAUAAAAGUUCCAGGGAACUGAUGUCCCAUCAACGUAUUCACACUGACGAGAGACCAUUCAAGUGCUCUGACUGUGGGACUGGAUUCAGGCAAUCAUCUCAGCUCACUGUACACCAACGAGUUCACUCUGGGGAGAGGCCAUUCACCUGCUCCGAGUGUGGGAAAAGGUUCACUCAGUCAUCCCACCUGCUGAGACACCAGCGAGUUCACAAGUAACUACAGUGAUGGGAUUUUGCUGUUAAUCACAUCCAGGAAUGAACCAUGUACAUUGGGUCUGUUUCUGCUGAUGUUAAUAAACUCCAGCCCAGAUAUAGGGACUAUUAUUAUCAGAAAUAUAGCCAAAUACAUCAUCUUUGUGUUAAAUCCAUUCUGUCAAAUAUUUUAAAUAUCUCUAACGUAAGUUAGUUCCUUUUAAAGGGCUCUCCUUCUCCCCUAUCUCCUCCAUCCUCACCUCCAACAACAAGUGUGAGGAGCUCAUGGAGCUUCUUUGUCACUAAGAUUGAGACAAUCUGAUCAGCUGCCUUUGCUGCUUCCCUCCCUUCCACUAGCCCAACGGGACAAACUGUCUCUGAAGAUCCCCCUUGUCUGAGCCCUGCACCCACAUCUUCCUCCAGUUUCUCUCCCAUCUCCCUCAUGCCCUCUUGAUCCUAUUCUCAUUAAACUGCUGACCAUCCAACUUCUCCAUUUUAGCUGAUAUUGUUAAUGGUUCUCUCUCUCUUUUGGUACUGUCCCUCUCACCCUUAAAUCCACCAUCCUCACCCAUUCUAAAAAAAGCAAAUUUUGACCCAACUAUCUUUGGAAACUACCGCCCCAUCUCCAACCUCCCUUUCCUCUCCAAAGUCCUUGUACUUGAUGUCCCCCAAGGAUCUAUCCUUGGCCCCUCCUAUUUCUCAUUUACAUGCUGCCACUAGGUGACAUCAUCCAAAAGCACUGUGUUAGUUUUCACAUGUACACUGACAACACCCAGCUCUACCUCAGCACCAUCCCUCUCCAUUCCUCCACUGUUACUAAAUUAUAAAACUGCUUAUCCCACACCCAGUACCGGAUGAGCAGAAAUUUCCUCUGAUUAAAAAUUGGGAAGAUCAAAGCCAUUGUCUUUGGUCACCACUACAAAUUCUGUUCCCUAACUACCGAGUCCAUCCCUCUCCCUGGGAACUGUCUGAGGCUGAACCACACUGCUCACAAUCUCGGUGUCAUAUUUGACUGCAGGAGGAGUUUCUGACCACAUAUCCACACCAUCACUAACACCAGGUAUUUCAAUCUCCAUAACAUUGCCUGACUCCACCUAACCCCAGCUCAUCUGCUGAAACUUUUAUCCGUGUCCAUGUUACCUUUAGACUUGACGAUUCCAUUACAUUCCUGACCAGCUUCUCACAUUCAACCCGUCCCCCACACAGAAACGUGAGAUCAUCCAAAACUCUGCUGUCCAUGAGCUUUCUUACAUCAAGCCCCCAUCACCCCUCUGCUCACUGACCGACAUUGGCUCCUGGUCAAGCAGUGCCUUAAUUUUAAAGCUCAUAGCCUUGUUUACAAUUCUCUCCAUGGCCUCGUCCCUCCCGAUCUCUGUAAUCUCCAGUCACUCACCCUCUCUAAUAUCUGUGCUCCUCUCAUUCUGGCCUCUUGAACAUCCCUGAUUUUAAUGACUGCACCAUUGGUGGCUGUGCCUCGGUGUGAAGCUCUGAAAUUCCCUCCCUAAACCUCUCCACCGCCUCCAGCUCUCUCUCCUGAUUAAAGAUGCUGGUUAAAAUCUGCCUUUCCAAUCAAGAUUUUGUCCAUUUACCCUAAUAUCUCCCUUUGUGUCUCUGUGUCAUUUUUUUUCUUUAUGAAACUCCUGUGAAGAACUUUGGAACAUUUUAUUACAUUAAACGUGUUUUAUAAAUACAAAUUGUUUCUGUUUCAUGACAGCCAGUUUGUGCACAGUAAGAUCCCACAAACAGCAAUCAGACUAACUGAUUAAUCCAGGUUUUUUUUGGUGGUGUUAGUUAAAGCACUAAUGUUGGUCCCACUACACCAGGAGAACUCCCCUGUGGACAGGACAUGGAGUAGCUGAUGUCUCCUGAGCUGAGAGUGGAGCUGAUUGAGCUGUUGGGCCUGUAGUGUACCUUGAAGAACCGCUGUCUUUUACCUACAUCUCACCCAUUAGAAAUCCAUGAAGUUUAUGGAUUCAAACAAAACAAUAAAUUAUUCUCUCUUCAUCAGUUCCAUCGUGAGUGAAACAGAUGUAAUAAAAUAUUUUUUUUCCCUUAUUACUGUGGGAUACUGCGAAGCAGGCUUGUGCGGACUGUAUGUAGGUUGUGUGGGUGUGUGUGACUAAUUAGACUGACGACAGUCAGACUGCAAGGUUUAAAUCAUGAAGAGGAUUAGGUGCAAAAGGAGACAUUUUUGAAGUGCAUGUGAGUGAGCUAAGAUGGGUUACCAGUAGAUACAACAUGAAUAGGAAUUUGCAUUGGGAGAUAAAUGAGGAGCUGAAUUUUUAGCUAUUGAAUUUUAAAGAGAGAAAAAAGGAAGUCUGACAACUGGCAAAGAGCAUAAGUAAAUAAAGCAAAGUUAUUAAGUUUAUUUUUCCCUCAAAUAGUGACCAUAAAAACAGCAUGAAAGUUUUUAGAUUCUGGGAAAGGUAACCUUCAAAAUAAAGUUUAAAAACAUUGGGUAUUUGAGGGGUUUGGCCAUGUGAUCUUGAAUAGUGUGCCAUGUGAGCACAGUCCUAUGAAGGAAGCAGCUUUUCUUACAAGACUUGGAUUUCCAUUGUUGACUGCGAGAGAGAGGGAGAGAAGCUUGUGAAAUACCUCCCCUAUAGCAACAGUGGGUGCCUUGUAGUAAUCUUACUGGAUGUUUUACUGUUGUCUGGAAAUGGGUGUUUAUUUUGAGUCUAGCUAAGUAGAAAUCUUUUGGGAAAUGAUA